AUGGCAUCAACUAAUUUGAAGAAAGUUAAUCCUGACCUUCUUAGAGAAAGGAAUAAAUGUACGUUCGACAGAUUGGAAUUAACGCAUUUAUUAGAUGGUGGUGCAGAUAAAACUGAGGAAAGGCACAGUAGAGAAAAUUUCUUCUUGGAAGACCCUGAAUUAAGAUCCAACGUUCCUCCAGAAUAUUUGGGUCACAAAGAGAAAUAUGAGGAGGCUGUUAGAAAAGCGUGUAUUGUUUUUAAAAAAGUUCAAGAACUUCAGAAUGCAGGCAAAGGUGGGAUGGAAAAUUUCAGAGAAAUACUUGGUGGACAACUAGGAUCUGCAAUUUUAAAAGAUGGCAAUCCCUUAACUGUCCAUUAUGUGAUGUUCAUUCCAACCCUUAUGGGACAAGGUACUAUCCAGCAACAAGCAGAAUGGAUACAGAGGGCUUGGAAUUGCGAUAUCAUCGGAACUUAUGCACAAACUGAAUUAGGUCAUGGCACAUUCAUCAGAGGCCUUGAAACUAUCGCUACUUACGAUCCGAAAACGGAAGAAUUUGUCUUAAACAGUCCAACUAUAACAUCGUACAAAUGGUGGCCAGGAGGAUUGGGUCAUUCUGCUAAUUACGCUGUCGUUGUCGCCCAAUUACACACUAAAGGGGUAAACCACGGGAUCCACCCUUUUAUAGUACAACUUCGAGAUGAAGAGACGCACAUGCCGCUCCAAGGCAUAAAAAUUGGAGAAAUCGGUUGUAAAUUAGGCAUGAACGCCACUAACAAUGGUUAUUUAGGUUUUGAAAACGUCAGAAUUCCCAGGAUUAAUAUGUUGAUGAAGAACUCCCAAGUGCUACCUGAUGGUACUUACGUCCAAUCGCCUAGUAGUAAAUUAACAUACGGUACCAUGAUUUUUGUAAGAGUAGUUCUCGUACAGGAUGCGGCUACUUAUCUAAAGAAAGCUUGCACAAUUGCCACGCGGUACAGUGCUGUUAGGCAUCAAUCAAAAAUUCGACCAGACCAACCCGAGCCGCAGAUAAUGGAUUAUUUAACGCAGCAGUACAAACUGUUCCCCAAUAUAGCAGCUUGCUUCGCGUUCCAAUACGCUGCGAACUGGCUCUGGGAUACAUACAACAACGUCACUGGAGAAUUAGAAACUGGCCAACUAGACAAUCUACCUGAGCUGCACGCAGCUGCGUGCGUUCUGAAAGCGGUAUCGACCAGCGAUGCAGCUCAAGGGGUUGAAACUCUUAGGUUGUCAUGCGGGGGUCAUGGUUAUAUGACUGCUUCAAAUUUGCCUUCAACGUACGGAUUAGUUACUGCUAUGGUUACAUAUGAAGGCGAGAACACCGUACUUUUCUUGCAAACUGCGAGGUUUCUGAUAAAAUGCUGGCAAAACAAAACCAAACUGCAAAAUCUGACAACUAUUAGAUAUUUUGAGCAAGUGGCAAGAAAAUCAUUACCAUUCCAAAAAUCUGUUGAUUGGAUACUUUCAAUCUUACAACAAACUACAGCAAAAAUGGUCGAUUUAGCCAAUAGCCAUAUAAAUGAAAGACAACGUAAAGGAAUGGUGUACGAAGAUGCCUGGAACAGCACCUCGAUCGAGUUGGUGCGAGCAGCAGAAUUACAUGGCCGAGUAAUUAUAGUGGAAACAUUCAAAAAUGCCGUGGAAAUGGCGAGACCUAAAGUUUCGAAAGAAUUGUUCGCCGUCUUGGAACAGCUUCUUCAACUUUAUGCUGUUAGCACAGCUAUCCGAUGCUCAGGAGAUUUCUUAAGGUUCACAGACAUCCAAGGAAGGGAUGUUGAAAUGUUGCAAUCUUGGCUGGAAGAAUUACUUACACUUUUGAGACCAAAUGCUGUGGGGAUUGUGGAUGCAUUUGAUUUCAGAGAUGAAGUAUUAUCGUCCGCCCUUGGAUCUUACGAUGGUAAUGUUUAUGAAAGGCUCUUGGAAGAAGCGCAGAAAAGUCCGUUGAAUGCAGAGCCCGUUAAUAAGUCGUUCAAGUCGUAUUUAAAACCUUUCAUGAAAUCCCAAUUGUAA